GGCACAUCGGGCUGGACUCCGGGCAGAGGCACAUCGGGCUGGACACCGGAUCACCAGGCGGAGCAGCAGGCACCGGGCCACCAGGCGGAGAGGCAGGCACCGGGCACCGGGUCACCAGGCGGAGCGGCAGGCACCGGGCCACCAGGCGGAGCGGCAGGCACCGGGCCACCGGGCGGGGCGGCAGGCACCGGGCCCCCGGGCGGGGCGGCGGGCACCGGGCCCCCAGGCGGAGCGGCGGGCGCCAGGCCCUCAGGGGCGGAGCGGCGGGCGCCGGGCCCCCAGGCGGGGCGGCGGGGUGCCGGGCCCUCAGGCGGAGCGGCGGGCACUGGGCCCCGGAGGGGCGAC